AUGCACCACAGCAACAGAGGAGUACGCAUCACAGCUAACAGAGGAGCAUGCAUCACAGCUAACAAAGAACCAAAAGUAUGCACCACAGCUAACAGAGGAGCUGCACCACAGCUAACAGAGAACCAGAAGUAUGCACCACAGCUAAAAAAGAACCAGAAGUAUGCACCACAGCUAACAGAAGAGCAUGCACCACAGCUAACAGAGGAGUACGCAGCACAGCUAACAGAAGUACGCACCACAGCUAACAAUGAACAGGAAGUACACAUCACAGCUAACACAGAACCAGAAGUACGCACCACAGCUGACAGAGGAGUACACACCAUAGCUAACAGAGUACGCACCACAGCUAACAAAGAACCAACAGUAUGCACCACAGCCAGUAAAGAACCAGAAGUAUGCACCACAGCUAACAAAGAACCAGAAGUAACCGCACCACAGCUAACAGAGGAGUACGCACCACAGCUAACAGAGGAGUACGCACCACAGCUAACAAAGGAGUACUCACCACCAAAGAACCAGAAGUACGCACCGCAGCUAACAGAGAAGUACACACAACAGCUAACAAAGAACCAGAAGUAG